AUGACAGACGAUUGUAUUACACUGAUAUGGUUAGACCUUACGUAUACAGUGUGCAGUAGAGAUGAGAGCGUUCGAACUCAUCUUGCUCUAUGUAAAGUUGAUCGAUAUCUGAUCACAUUUCGAGAUACACAGAAAUGUCUUGAUUAUAUCGCUGAAUUAACAGAAGAGAAAGUAAUACUGAUCAUUACCCAUGAAACAUCCGUCUUCUCUGCUGACAGCAUACUUUUACAACGAAACCAUAAUCUCCAACAAAUUGAUUCUCUCUAUAUUAUAUACUCAACUGAGACAAACAGUAGUGAUUUCAUGGAGAUGUCAUCGAAAAUUCAUCGAAUUAGUAGAGCUCAGCUGCAACCAUUUUGUGACCAACUAAGCUCAACACCUAGUUUUCAGCAACGUCGUCAACGACCCAGAGAAAGAUUUAUCCGAAAUGAUUUUACUCUUACUCCAUUGCUGUCACCUCCCUCUCCACUGCCCACUGACUCUACUACUGAUUAUUCGGUAGUAUCACACUCAAAUAAUACCGUGAAACAACAGGAAGCUGAUUUUAUGUACGGACAGUUAUUUCGAGACAUUUUGAUUAGACAAGAAUCAACGAGGGAAGAAAUGAUUGAAUAUUGUCGCCAAAAAUACGCUAAUAAUCAAGCAGAUCUCAAUAUGAUCGACGAGUUUAAAGAUUAUUAUGAUAAAUGUAAUGCAAUUAAGUGGUAUACACGUGAUACAUUUCUUUAUCGUCUUCUUAACAAAGCCUUGCGAGAUCAAGAAGUGGAUACACUUUAUUCAAUAAGAUACUUUAUGAAAGAUCUUCAUGCUCAGAUAGUAGAUAAAUAUGGCCAACAAUAUUUAAUGGCAAUUACAUUUAAUAACGUAGGUACUUCCAUACUAACGAUUAAGACUGUCUACCGAGGACAGCUUAUGACUAAUGAAGAAUUCGACAAGAAAAUUCGAUAUAAUACGGGUGGCUUUUUCUUAGUAAGCAGUUUUUUCUCCACAACAAUCAAGAAAGAUUUGGCCUGUAUUUUUGCUGGUGAUGGAAGUCGCAGUACCGAAUCAUCUGUCUUAUUUCAAAUCGAUAUUGAUCACCAUGUUAAAGAAUUCGACUACGCUGAUGUAACGAAAGAAAGUGCGUUCGAUGAUACUGAAGAAGAAGUUCUAUUCUCUAUGGGGGCUGUGUUUCGAAUUUUAUCGGUUCAUCGCGUUAAGGCAAGUUUUUGGAAUGUUCAUUAA